CACAUUGGAAGAAGAGGAAGCAUUGCUUGACGCCGCCAUAAGGGUGGCUGAAAAGAAAAAGAUAUUGGCCGGAUUGAUGCAAAACAACAACAAGACGACAGAUGACAUUAGAAUGGUAAAGCAGCUCAUGGUCCCGUUUUCUGCCACUGAAAAUGAGGAAGCUCUUAAGUGGAUUUUGGAUUUUGAGAGAAUCUGCAGAGAUGUUAAUUAGUGUACAAAUUUUCAAUUGCGCUGCGUACGAAUGCUUAUGAAACCGGGCACAGAUGCGGACUUGUUUGUGCGUGUUGACCGAUCGAGUACUUACGACGAAUUUAAGAAAAACUUUAUAGAAACAUUUGGUCAUGGCAGUUCAACUGCUGAUAUUGUAUUGCUGUUAAAGGAAACCAUUUUUAACCCUGCGAAGAACACCGUUAUAGGAUACAUACUUCUUAUGGAGGAAAUUGCUAUGCGUGCUAACAUCGACGAAAAAUUGACAGUCCAGUUCAUCAUUGAUGGUUUUCGUGAUCGUUCAGCCAAUAUCGCCCUAUUGUACACAGCUACAACAAUCGGACAAUUGAAAGAGUUGGCUCGGAAGUAUGCAAGUCUAAGUAAGAAGUCGCACAAUUUUUCCCACCGCGCAGAAAGUUCUGGUAAUGAGCGGAACACAAUCCGCUGCUAUAAUUGUUCCGCUUAUGGGCAUUACGCUUCGUCGUGUACUGCGUCGAAACGCGAGAAGGGGUCCUGUUUCCGUUGUGGAUCCCUCCAACAUAUGCUGAAGGAUUGUCAACAGAAGCCUACAAUUAAUCAGCGGAUGGUGGGCGCAGCCAACAACCAGCCGGUUCGAGAUGACGAAGAGGGGCACAAUAUGUUUAUUCCGAUUGUUAACCAGCGCCAUUAAUUUAAUUCAGCACGCUGCGAUUCCUUAUAGUAACUUUAGCGAUGUAUUGUUUCCGACGGACUACUGUGGAGUUAAUGGAUUUAAGAUUAAAACUUUCGGGAAAAUAUUUUUUAGACUUGUUUUUCAAAACAGAGAAGAAGAAAUUUCAUUUUUUGUUGUACCCAACAACUAUGUUGCAACUAAUGUUCUUUUAGGACGUAAGUUUUUGGAAAAAUUUGGAA